GAAAAUGUUAAUAUUUUUAUGUGACUGAUAGAACAAAAGAACAAUGCUAAAUCGAUGCAGUUGAAGAAAACUUCAAAAACUAAUCUGUGAUUAAUAUUUUCCCAUUCAGAAGGACUGAAAAGUCUUGAAAAAUUUGAUAUAAUAUAGCAUUUAUGAGUGCAGUGAUAUAUAAACAUAUCAUAAGAUAAGAAGUAGUGAGAUAUCGAAAAAAGUUAUUUGAAACCAAGUAUAUCAAUAUCUAUUUCUAGAAGUUUAUUUGAGCUUUUGUAUAUCGAGAAACACUAACAAAUGGAUGGAUCAAAAUCACCUCUACGGUCUCCUGCACGGUCACCUGCCUUGUCACCAGCUAGAUCUCCAGCCUUGUCUCCAAACCGUUCACCAAACAAAUCGCCAAACAUAUCACCCGGACGAACUCCAAGCCGAGCAUCAAGUUAUGGUUCCCCACCACACGCACGGCACCGCUCAGCGUCCAUACCCGUCACUCCAGAAGCUCUUAAGGGAGUUCGAAAUAGGUUCUUAAACGCACCUGGUGGACUCUGUCCUCUAGGCGAAAACAAUCGCGACAACAGUAACAACUUACUCUCUGUCGAGACAGAUUCUAGAAAUCGCUUGCCAAGAAGUGCACCUGAACUGACUGUAGAUGAAGCCAGUCCGGGUUCCAUAAGUCCAUGGAACGAUGACCCAAGCGAGUAUGCAACUUCACUCGCUUGCACUGUCCAUAGACCACAAGCCGAGGUGCUCUCAAGAAGAUUCUCUGAAACUUUAACAGUUUCCAAUGAUCAUUCCUAUCGGCGAAGAAGAAGAAAAUCACUUAGUCCUCACCAUAGCCGUUCCUUAUCUUUCCGGGCGUUAAAGAAAGGUGGAUUAAACACAUGGGAUGACUUCAGACCUAGAGGAAAUAGUGUUCCAUUCGCAGAUCCACUACCACCAAAGGGUCGCAGAGCGUCUCACCAGUAUGUACGACGAGACAGAAGUGUGAGUCCUCGACCCAGCUUACCUUUGGAAGUGGAUGAUGAUAAAUACUAUAUGUUGAGACAGUUUUGCAUCACUUCCAAAGGAGAUGUGGUCAACAAAGGAGACCUUUAUCGAGAACGUUCUCGAAGCAAUAACAGUGUUGCUUCUUCGGGAUCAAACGUCACUGGUGGUACAGGGUGUGCAUCUACGGCCACAUCGUGUUCAUCGGAACCACAUAGUACAUUACCGCCAAAGAAAGUACUAAUGAUGGGUACCGUAGGAGUUGGAAAGACCUCUUUGGUAACGCAGUUUAUGUCAUCCGAAUAUAUGAAUUACGAUGGAUCAUUAGAUGAAGAAGAUACUGAAAAGAAUAUUUCUGUUCUUUUGGAUGGUGAAGAACAUGAGAUUAGUUUUGCUGAUCCACCAACCAUGCCAGAUACACCUUGUGAGGAACAACUAGAAGGGGAUGCUUACAUUGUCGUCUACUCCAUCACCGAUAGAAACUCAUUUGAAAAAGCAAUUGACAUACUUUUUAAAUUGAGAGACAGAGGAUGCACAAUAAACAAAGCUGUUAUACUGGUUGGAAACAAGUCAGAUCUUGUAAGAACAAGAGCAAUAACAGUAGAUGAAGCCAAGUCUAUAGCUUGUUCAUAUGAAUGCAAGUUUAUAGAGACUUCAGCAGCUAUCAAUCAUCAAGUAGAUGAACUUUUAGUUGGUGUUGUGACUCAAAUCCGGCUUAAAGCUCAACAACUGUCGGAAAUGACUUCUUUCACAGAAAACAGUGGGGCCAGCAGACCAAGUCGCAGUCUUCAGAAGAGGAUGUCUCUGGGGGGUUCUGGCAGAAAAACCCGUAGCAUCCUCAGUAAAUUACUGGGCAAAGGAAAAAUCAAAUCACAGUCAUGUGGAAAUCUGUACGUCCUCUGACUUUCUGAAGUUAUUUGUUUUUAGAACGAAACUUUGUGUUGUGCUUUAAGAUAUUGUUGUUUGUAGAUGCAUUGUUUAUAAAUUGAAAGUUAACAACUGAUAAUAAAAAUUAGCAAUAGAAAACAUCAAUAAUACGAUAGUAGGCCAACAAUUUAUUACAUUUGACAGGUUAAGAAUGAUAAUAAUCCAACAAUUAAUUACAUUUAAUAAUUUGUAAAGAAAAAAAAACUGGGAGCCUAAUUGGGGUAGUUUAAAAAUAAUAAUAAGUAAAGAAUAAAAUACAUUUAAUAGUUUACAAAUCGAAGAAAACCAACAAUGAAAUUUAUAUUAUAAUUAGCAAAUGAUAAUAAACCUGGCAUAAAGUACAAUUGAUAAUAAUAAAACUAACAUAAAAUAUUAUUUAUAAUAUAUAAAUGAUAAUAA